AUGGCCCCCACUGAGACAAAGAAAAAGACAGGAGGAAAGACCCGCUCGGCCCUCCAGGAUGUCGUGACCCGCGAGUACACCAUCCACCUGCACAAGCGCGUGCACGGCCGCUCCUUCAAAAAGCGCGCCCCCUGGGCCGUUAAAUCCGUCAUCGACUUCGCCCAGAAGACCAUGGGCACUUCCGAUGUCCGUCUCGACCCCAAGCUCAACCAGGCUGUUUGGGCCCAGGGUAUCAAGACUGUUCCCCACCGUAUCCGUGUGAAGCUUGAGCGAAAACGUAAUGACGACGAGGGUGCUAAGGAGAAGCUCUAUACAUACGUCUCCCACGUCCCUGUUCUCUCAUUCAAGGGACUCCAAACAGUGGUUGUCGAUGCGGAGUAA